AUGAAGGUUAUCCUUGCCAUCAACGCAGGGUCCAGCUCUGUGAAGAUUUCGGUCUAUUCUGCCGAGCCCAAGCAAUCACCCCAUCAGAUCGCAGAGACAGUCGUCAGUGGCCUGACAGCCCCACCGGCCCAAGUCUCAUAUACGCGCGGUGGUGUUGAGGUGAAGAAGUCUGAAGAUCUUGAAGACAAUGUGGCGACCCAAGACGACGCCUUCAGAGUCCUUCUCAAGACACUGAUUGAUGAUCCGGAACUACCACAGAUCAAACAAAAAGACGAUGUUGCUCUGACAUGCCAUCGCAUUGUCCAUGGUGGUGAUUACCCCUGUUCUCAGAUCAUCACCCAAGACACAUACCAUCACUUGGAGGAGCUCAGUGACCUUGCCCCGCUGCAUAACGGCCCUGCUCUCAAAAUCGUCAAGUCAUGCGUUGAGCAGUUACCGGAUGCUGUCAAUGUUGCAUGUUUCGACACACAGUUUCACUCAACCAUUCCCGAGCAUGUGCGGACCUAUCCCAUCAACCAACAAAUUGCCAAGAAGAAUCACCUAAGGAAGUAUGGUUUUCACGGCAUCAGUUACUCUUUCAUAACCCGGUCCGUCUCCGGGUACCUCAAGAAAGACCCAAAGGAGCUGAAUAUUAUCGCCCUUCACCUGGGAAGUGGUGCAAGCGCGUGCGCAAUUCGAAAUGGCCAGAGCUGGGACACCAGCAUGGGGCUAACCCCUGUGGCUGGGUUACCAGGGGCCACAAGGAGCGGGAGUGUAGACCCUAGCCUUGUAUUCCACUAUGCUAGUGAUGUUGGGAAGCUGUCCCCAAACUCGACAUCAGAACUGCAUCUCACGGAGGCCGAGGAAAUACUCAACAAGCAAAGUGGAUGGAAGUCUUUGACAGGGACUACUAAUUUUGGCGUCAUAGCUGCCUCGGACGAGCCAACACACAAACUCGCUUUUGAUAUUUUCGUUGACAGGAUAUGCGGCUUCAUCGGUACCUAUUUCGUUGCUCUAAGUGGCCAGGUUGAUGCUCUUGUUUUCGCUGGCGGUAUUGGCGAGAAAAGUGGCAAGCUGCGAAAGCGAGUAGUUGAACAGUGCGCCUGUCUAGGGUUCACCAUUGAUGACGAGCGUAACAGCGAGAAAAUUGAGUCCACUGUACAGGAGGUCAGCAAGCAAGAGUGUAAGUCCCGGACGUUGGUGUGCCGAACGGAUGAACAGUUUGAAAUGGCAAGACAAUGCACUGAGAAGGACGAACUCUGGUCGUGA